ACGUGAGCGACCCGUUGCCCUGGGGACGCGCUCCCAGGACCUAGGGGCAGCCGCGAUCGGCUAGGCCUCGCAGUAGAGAGUAGAGAUCCGCAGGAUCCAGAUGCGGGAUUAUGUCUUUGUCUACCCGCUUAUCUGUCGGCGCCACCGAGGGCUUGUUCGAGGCCGACAAGAACACAGGGGAGCCCGAGAACACCUAUAUUCUGAGGCCCAUUUUCCAGCAAAGAUUUAGACCAUCUGUGGUUAAAGACUGCAUCCAUGCUGUGCUCAAGGAAGAACUGGCAAGUGCUGAAUAUUCUCCAGAUGAAAUGCCUAAUCUCACAAAACAUCUGUCAGAAAUCAUUAAAGAUAAACUAAAAGAACUGGGAUAUGACCGGUAUAAAAUGGUGGUGCAAGUAGUCAUUGGAGAACAGAGGGGAGAAGGAGUAUUCAUGGCUGCUCGAUGUUUCUGGGAUGCAGACACUGACAACUACACUCAUGAUGUCUUCAUGAAUGACAGCUUAUUCUGUGUUGUAGCAGCGUUUGGUUGUUUCUACUAUUGAAUCAUUGGAAAGAAUGACUGUGACUAUGAAGAAACCUCGACUUUUUUUAUAUUGUUAAAUAUCCUGACCAAAUAAAAAUAAGUUGAUACUUUGGCACCUAAAA